AAAAGGUCUUGAGAUAACGUAAAUUAAUGAUCAUCAUACAAAUUUUGCACAAUCGGUCAGGUGUCCACCCUACUUUAGAGGCCUACCCAACAAAUCGCACGAACGACUCGAUCGUGACUAUCACUCAGACGUCUUGGCCAUUGCUUCCACCGCUGUGCCUCCACAUCGUGUUGUUGUAAGGAAUUACUUAAAUAGCAAGUUACCCGACACUCCGUUUGACGUCACUCGUUGUCUUGGCUUAAUAGACAAAGCUCAAAAUAAAUCUGGUCAUUCAGAUUCGUGCGUUCCGUUGCGUGGGAGGAUCAGCGGUACCAGUCGUGGAUAUAUGCAGUAUUGUGCGGAUUAAGUAAAGCGCGAGAGGUGUUGACUUCCGUUUCAAGGACGUCAGUAGAUAGUCUUGGGACUAGCCCUCGAUUUCUUGCUGUGCCAUUGGGUAUAAUUAUUCAAUUAGGCCCCGGAAAUUCUGAGAGGAAGCCUGAUAAAUAAAAGAACUUCCUCUCAAACGAGUCUGUCGUGACAUGUUCUCUGGAGCCACCUGCGACGUGGUCUGGAUUUUAAAGUGUCUUGUAUAAAGCAUUGAAGGACUGCGCUACUCAUAAAGUGUGGAGCUAGAUAUUGUUGUUCUGAACAUUGAGCGUAUGGAGCAUCGCAGCUGCUUCCGAGCGUUCAAACAUACGCUCCACUUUCCAACCCAGCGACUAUUGCAAAGUGUUGAGACUAAUCAGUCCUGAAAAAAACAACCUUUAUCUCACAGAGAAGCUGAAGUCAAUACCUGUGUUGAUCCCAUCGUCCACAACUCAGAGCUGACCAUGGACCCGGCAUCUUACGCCCGAGCCCAUGGGGUACAGAGUGAAGCCAGCAAGGUCACAGUCACAAGGGUAGCCUGCGGGGAGCUACAGUACAGGAGAGAGGUGGACACCUACAGGCGGGACAUGCAGUCCAAAGUGACCAGCAUACGACGGGAGCAGCGGAAACUGCGGCGGUGCAUGCGCGGCUACCGACGGAAACUGAAGGAAUCUCAGCUCUCCCAUGGGGACGAGGGGAAGACUGUUGUUCGUGACGACGAAGAGCCUGUAACAACCGACGACAUCGUUUUCCCCGGAGCAGUUGACACGACCGUUAUGUUCGGUGGUUUGUCCGCGCCGCCAGACAUUCAGCACUUUCACGAACACGGAAUCUCAUUGGUUGGCAUAGACCGGAAACCGCUACGAGGUCAUUCCGAUGUCUAUGGGGUUUUUGAUGGUGGAGACGAACUUACGAACGAUGUGAACGAACAAGAGGCUGGUGAUGAUCAUCUGAAAGCUGAUGAAAAUGCGACAAGAAUGGUUAUCGAAAACGUCGGUAGGACAGCGCGAUGGGGUUCGGGGAAGAUUGGAGGUACCUCGUCGACUAAACAAAAUGCAGCAGCGUGUGACGAAGAAGACGCUUACUCCCUCUUAUCCGACAGUUCGGAAGAUGAGGAUGAUGAGCAGCAAGGAGGCGUUGAAGACAUUGAGGUUGUGAUUUUCAAACACGGCCGAUUUUUUAAACAAAGUGCUCCAGGAUCACUGACACGCACCAAGAGUUCUGUGUACUUGAAAGCCCCACCAGCCAGAGAGGGUGAGCGGGUAGAAGAAGCUGAAGAGAUGGAAGGUGAGACUACCGAAGAUGGUCAAAAGGAAGUUCUGGACAACGAAGCUAACACAAAUGAUGAAACAGAAGAGACUAAUCUUUUGGGUAACGUUGUUCAUCAAGGACAUAAAGAUAGCAGUUUUGUAAAUUCAACCCCGUCAGUGCUGCCAUCAAUUAAGGGAACAGAAAAGAAAGUUAAAGAACAUGUCGUUCUUCUGAGAGAACCGACAGAUCUGAAGGUGCUGGAACGUAAAAAGAAACUCCAGAAGAAAAGGAGUGGGGGUGUCUCUUUCGGUGACCUCAUGAAGUUCCAACACGGUACUAGUACUAAAAGACUAUUCGCUCUCGUGGACCGACUGGCUGAACAAAACGGUCUUUCUGAAAUAAAGGAGGAGCAUCACCUGACCGCUGCCAGAGACCCCCGCGUCAACGCAGCCGUUAAAAGACGCGCCUUGGGUCAAGGUCUCACAAACUCUGGCCCGUCGUCCAUGACGACGUAUGGCUCUGUGUUCUACACCAUGAAGUUCGGCUACGUGUCAGACGCCGAAGACACACACGACAAUGGGGAAAGCGGUCUCUCCUUGAACGACAGCACCAGCCCCAUGCCCGUGACAAAGAAUCAAAACCUAAACCCCUUUUCCUUAAAACCUCCACAACCCUCAUUCAGAGACAACAAGCCCAUGUCGGAAUAUUCGAAUUACUCAUUUGAUGCACCAACCUCGAUGCUUUCCACGGAUUUUUCUUUUCUCAAUGUACAAAGUUCUGACGAUGUCGACGGCAGGAAACUCAGCCAAUCCGAGCCAAGAGGUGGACAUCCCCCUCGAACUGAAGCCACGCGAGCGAGCGACUAUCAAACCCGAGUGAUAGACCAGGUAUGGGCAAACAACGAGCCGUCGAUAGCGGCUUUCAGAAGUGGACUGGAACAAGAGCGCAAGGGAAGAAAGUCCAGCAUUCUUGAAGCGAGUCACUACGUGAGUAGCAACAAUACCGCCAGACGGAAACUGUCCGAAGCGAAGCCAGGCUUGAGGCCAAUUGAUGAGACUUAUGCCAAGCGAGAAAAGGAUUUAUUCAGGAAGCGAGCCCCAGCAAAGCUGAACCAUCUGUCUACGAUGCAUCAACAGAUGGCCGAGGACCAAGCAGUGCCGUGGUCGUCUGCCUUUAGUCGGAUCAAGAUGAUGCACACUUUAGUCGACCUGUCUCACUUCAUGUGAUAAUGAUAGAUCUUGUCAGUUUGUUAGUGUUUGAGCGCUUAACCAGCUGCUUGCUCUGUAAGCUUCCCGGG